AUGAAGCACCUGCACCACGGAAGCUACCAUAAAACAAUUACAUCGUCACAUGGACACAGACACAGAUGCACCACAAACACAAACACAAACCAACAUAACAACAACCCAACAACAAGUUCAAAACACUGCCACACAACCAACAGUUCAAUAACACCUGCUAUCAUACUAAGCUAUUCACUCAAACACACAACAGAGCAAAGGUAUAUCAAAAUAGUCAGAAAGAAACCAUAG